CACACACUGAACUUGUAGUUCUCGCUCCCAUCAGCUCACUUGUCCCCGUUCCACCUUUUCCGUUGCAUAUUUGUACUGGCUCGUAGGAUUGCCCGUAUCUUUGUUUUGCAGAGUUGUGGUUCUCCGCAACUAGUGUCUGGAUGUGCAGUUGAUUACCUCAGCUUCCGACUUAGACUGUCGGAUGUAAUAGGAUGCAGAUUGUGGGUUCAAUUGCUUUCAUCUCCUCGUCGAAGUGAUCUAGGGUUUUGAUAAACGAUGCGGGAAAGUUUGCAAAUGCUCAUUAUCUUGGGGACAAUUGUGCAAGGGUUCAACCUGAGUUAGAGAAUACGGAUUUGUGCGUCCAGAUUUGUGAUGUUUAGAAACGAGGAGCAUGAGGUUGUCACCGCUUAAGUAGCAUAAAUGAGAAUUUGUAUUUCAGGAAAGUUAGGGUAUUGUAAUGAGAACCCAGUCAUCGUGGUUUACGAUUUGUAGUUUGAGUAGGGUUUCGAGGAGUGUAAAUUUAGCUUUCUGAUUCCACCCGAGUCCGAGUAGGUAUUAGAGAGGCCUACUAAUUUGGUGCUUUAUUGCGCUGGCUCUUCUGCUGUAUUUGCUUACGUCUCGUCGAUACUUGGUCACAGCAGGUUGCAGAACUUUUUAGCAGUUAAGUCUUGAAAACAGCAAGAUGCCGGCCACGGCAGGCCGAGUGCGCAUGCCCGCAAACAAUCGGGUGCAUUCGAGUGCCGCCCUUCAGACUCAUGGUAUCUGGCAGAGCGCUAUUGGGUAUGACCCUUAUGCACCGGAUAAAGUGCAGCGUCAAGAUGACCGAAGCGUACCAGAUCCAGCUGCUGGAGGGGGUGCAAGUGCUGCUGAUGAGCAAAAUGCAUAUGAUUCGUUUCAAGGUCUCCUUGCGUUGGCUCGUUUGACGGGUUCAAAUGCAGAUGAAGCACGGGGCUCCUGCCAAAAGUGUGGAAGAGUGGGUCACUUGACGUUCCAAUGCAGAAAUUUUCUUACUGCUAAAGAAGAAGCCGCCGCUGCUGCAGUAUCAGCCCUAGAGAGAGAACGAAACAGUGCGAAGUUUGAAGGCGCUGGGAACUUGCUUGCGGAAUCGUCGUCCUCAGAGGAGUCCGAGAUUUCUGAUAGUGACGAGGACUCUGAGAUGGAACGAGCUUUGGCAAAAUUGGGAAGAAGUAAGAAAGGAUCAUCCUCUGUACCUGAUCGGAAACUAUCAGAAUCGAAACAUUCGAAAUCUUCAUCAAGGAAGUCAAAAAAGAAAAGACAUGUCUCCUCUUCUGAAUUCAGUGAUGAGAGCUCGGACGGCUCUCGGGACAGGAAACGACACCGUAAGCACAGGCAUUCGUCAAAGAAAAAGAGUUCCAGUAGGCGACACAGGUCAAGGCGUACUAAGGAUGACUCUGAUACCGAUCCCAGCAGUGAUGUAGAACCCGAAUCUCGCCACAGACAUAGCAAGGGUCGACACCUCAAGGAUCGCAAAGAUAGGAGGUCAGAGAAGAAAAGAGAUGCUGAUUACAGUGAUCAUGAUGACAGGAAGAAAAGGAAAGUUGAGAAGAGCAGGGAUGUUGAGGAGGGUGAAAUUGAAGACCAACGAGAAAGAGUAGCGAAGAGACGACAUGACGUAGAGAGUGAUAUUGAAGAUCGGAGAGGAAAAAGAUCCGAGAAGAGGAGACAUGAUGUGGACAGUGACCUUGAAGAUCAGAGAGAAAAAAGACCCGAGAAGAGGGGACAUGAUGUGGACAGUGACCUUGAUGAUCGGAGAGAAAUAAGAUCCGAGAAGAGAAGACAUGAUGUGGACAGUGACCUUGAUGAUCGGAGAGAAAUAAGAUCCGAGAAGAGAAGACAUGAAGUGGACAAUGACCUUGAAGAUCAGAGAGAUAAAAGAUCCGAGAAGAGAAGGGACGUUGAGAACAGUGAUUUCGAAGAUCUAAGGGACAAGAGAGUCGAGAGUACAAUGUCACGGAUGGAAGACAGUGAAGAUGGUGAUGAAAGGCAUCGUAGGAAGGAUCGGGACGAGAGGAGGUCACGUAGAGGAGGGAGUCGUGAUCGUAGGCACAAAGAGCGCAGAGAAUAUCGCUGAGAAGAGCGAUUCAAGAGCAGAGCCGAGAGGGAGUACGACAACGAAGUAGUAGAUUGAGCUUAUGUGUUUUGAUUUGGACAGUGCUAUGAACUAUGAAUUAACGACAUUGUAAGGUUAGCAGAGGUUUUUCAACUGGGUUUUCCUAACAUUCGUUCAACUCCGAGCUCGCGUGUAUUCUGAAAUGAUAUGCAUUUGAAUUCGCUGAGGCUUUGGUUUUGAAA